AUGGGGGAAGAAGUAUCGAAACGAUUCAAGCUCGAUGCUAUCCAAAACAGGGAGGCUCUAGAGGAUGCGUCGGAAGACAGAGUGAGGGAAGAAUUUCGUGCGCAGCUGAGAGGCUUGGGAAUGCGUGAAGGUGACAUCAUGUCCCGAGUUACCGGUUCGAAUCACUCUUCGGCAUGUAUUCUUCUUGAUGGAUGCGCCAUCUCCCAGUUGUCUUGCAUAUCACUACCCCUCAAUGAGGAAGAAAACGAGAUUGACAACGGUGUGUAUGUGACAAUGAUUGACCCCAAGUGGGACUAUCCAAUACAGCCGUACCCAAACACUGUCAAGGGUUGUGCAACUUAUCUAGGAGAAGAUGAAUGCCCAGCUGAGUAUCUUGCAAAGCUAUAUAUCAUAAUGGAGGGAGAUAUGACGAAGGUAUAUCCUAUGUGGCACGACCUGACAUAUUAACAUUCCUUCACUUACCCUAGAACCAAUUUUUGAGUUAGGAUGAUCUAGAACACCAAGUCGAAAGAUUUUCUCUAUUCGCAAAAUGCUUUUCGUUGAUAUAAGUGAGUUCGUAAAUACAUUUUCUUCGCAAAACCAGGAAAUAUCAAAAUGUCUGCCCUGGUAUGUACCUGUAUUUAUUAGUGUGAGGAU